UCAGGUCACAUGCUCCAAUGUUUGCCACUUCCCUGAGUUGAUCGCUAGAGCCGGCGUGAGGCUGUUAUCGCUAAUUGCAGACGACACCGCGCGCGCCGGAGAAGAAAUUCACUUCGAUCUGUUUGGAUUGUUUAUCAUUAACAGUUAGAUAUAGAUAUCUGUGAAGUGCCUCCUCAUCCUUGGAUUGUAAAAUAUGAUUUCCCCGUGGGACCGAUGGCAUUCCACCAGAUGCUGCCUGUGCUGUCAUGUCCGCACGGGCACUGUUAUCCUGGGGGUUUGGUAUAUGCUGAUCAAUGCGGUGGUGUUACUCAUCCUCGUCACGGCCCUGGGGGAUCCUGACCAGUACCAUCUGACCAGCGCUGAGCUGGCUAACGACUUAGAUGACAUGGAUGACGCCAACAUGUGUAUUGCUUCAGCGAUCUCGUUGCUGAUGAUACUAAUUUCUGGGAUGGCGACCUACGGUGCGUAUAAGCAACAUGCUAAUUGGAUCAUCCCAUUCUUCUGCUACCAAGUAUUUGACUGUGCCCUGAACACCCUGGUGGCUGUUAGUAUUGUGGUCUACCCCAACACCAUACAAGAUUACCUCCAACAGCUGCCUGAGAACUUCCCCUACAAAGAGGACAUCAUGGCCAUGAGCAACGUGUGCCUGGUCUUCAUCGUGCUCCUCUUCAUCGGAUGCAUUCUCACCUUCAAGGCGUACCUGAUAGCGUGUGUGUGGAACUGCUACCGGUAUGUGCGUGCAAGAAGCACCACAGAAGUCCUGAUAUACGUCACUACUAAUGACACCACGGUACUGUUACCCCCAUACGAUGACACCAUGUCUAUUCCAUCCAAGAACGCUCCUCCCCCCUACGGGGCACCCUACAUAGCAUGAAGAACCUGGGCCGCUGUUCUGCUGACCGACUGGACCCCUUGUUACUACAGCAACCUGACAUUCCAACCAGACCUGGGUCAACAAAUAUGAUUUGUUUUCUUUCCAAUACACUAUGCAUUUUAUAGGUGACAUUUGAUAACUGUCAUACUGGGUGUGUGGUGUUAGCAGUAUUUUAAUGAAGUUUUAAAAUAUAUAUACUUUGACCCAGGCCCCAAUACUACUGAUUCUUUCCAAAACAUUUAACCUACACACAUUUACUUACUUACCUGUUACUGUGAUACUGUUUAACAUUAUACUGUUUAUUUGGAGUUAUUUAUUUUCACUGAUCUACAGUUGAAAUAUCGAGCAGGGAAGUGAUAUGCAACAGAGUUAUAAUAUGAGAGCGCUAGUAGUGAGUGUAAUAGCGGAUAUAUUUUUCUUGCUUGUACUAAACUGUGCUUCUACAUGUUCUCUACUGUCAGUCCUAGUCCAAAGGCCACCCACCAGAAACGUGUUUCCAUGGUCUAUGAAGCAAGUACUUGUGAGAGACCUACACAAAUCAAAUCAGGCACUGCAACCCCCCCCCCCCAAAAA